AUGUCACUGGCUGACCUAGUUCUGGCUGUAGUCUGGAACCUGGCCACACUGCCUGGGAUUGCUGCAGUUCUAAUCGCUGGACUCAUCUACCGGUGGCUCUCACAGAACAAGUACAAGCUGCCACCUGGCCCACCUGGUCUACCUUUAAUUGGCAACGUGCUGGAUUUUAGAGGCUCCACGCUAACAAAGAAAACUUUGGAAUGGAAGGGAAAAUAUGGCGACGUGAUCCAUUACAAAAUGGGCUUCCGUCGGUGGGUGGUCAUCAGCAGCAUCGAGGCGCUGGAGGAGGCCUACCUUCAGCGGGGACACGACUUCGCUUCAAAGCCUCACGUGCCCUCGUUGGCAUCCUUCAGCGAAGACUGCAACAACAUUGCGUUUGCGCCCUACAGCGAGGCCUUGCGGUACAGGAGAAAGGUCGCCAUGCAGGCCAUGCGUCAGUUCCUAACUGGGUCACAGCACACAGAGAGGAUACACCAGGUGGUUCAGACAGCGGUCUCGAACUUGAGCGCCCAGAAGGGAUCUUUCGACCCCCACAGAUUCUUCUCUCACGUCAUCUUCAAUCUGAUCCAUGACCUCUGCUUCGGCUACACCCUGGACGUAGAUGACCCGAAUUACGUGAGGCUGUUGUCCAUCUUCGACAACAGCAAUCUGCAGCUGGUCAGUUUCUGGGAGGAUGCGUUCCCGAUCCUCUUGUACUGGCCCACCAGAAGGUUCCAAGAAGCCACUCGUAUUGUGGAGGAGACCAGAGCCUACAUCAAGAAACACAUCGAUCAACGACAAAAACAGUUUCGAGAGGACAAACUUGAGAAUCUCAUUGACAACAUCUUUCUGGCCCAGAAAGUGGUGGUCGAGGGCGAAGACGAGACACUUAAAGCUGGCUUCACGGACCUGCACACCCGGAACAUCAUCCGUGACAUCUUCUUUGCUGGCAUCGCCACGUCCCGGCAAACCUUAGACUGGAUCUUUCUGGUCCUUGCGGCCAAUCAGAAAGCCCAGAACAAGAUCCACGAAGAGAUCGACAAGGCUACAGGUGGUGCGGUGCCGGGCAGAGAGCAUAGAACAGAUCUGGUCUACACAGAAACAGUGAUCAUGGAGGUGAUGCGGCUGUACCCCGUGGUUCCCAUGGGACUGCCACACGAAACCAUGUGUGACACACAGGUCGGAGGUUACGACGUUCCCGCCAAAACCGUCAUCUUGGUCAACCAGUACGCCAUCAUGCGUGACCCCAGGCACUGGGAUAACCCGGAAGUAUUUAAACCUGAACGAUUCCUGGAGGAAAAUGGCACCAAAGUGAGAACGAGACUGCAGAGUUGGAUCCCCUUUAGUAUUGGGCCGCGCAAUUGUAUUGGAGAGUUCCUGGCCAGACAGAACCUCCUCUACUCCGUCGUGGGCCUGCUCCAACAGCUGCACUUUGACCUGGCGCCGGAAAACCCUCAACCGGAUAUGACCCCAGAAGACACGUGGUUUGACCUGAGGCCAAGGCCAUAUAAACUUGUCGUGACCCGAAGAGCUUGA